AUGUCCUCUUCCUCCUCCUCCCACUCCCCCUCCCCGUGCGCCGACAGCCGGAACCCUAGCCCCCACCCGCCCCCGCCGGCGGGGCUCCGGCCGGGCCCGUCCCCUUCCAGGCGGCGCUGCCACGACGUCUUCUGGCUCGUCCUCUUCCUCCUCCACCUGCUCCUCUUCGGCGGCAUCCUCGCCCUCGCCGGCCUCAACCGCUUCCGCAUAGCCGACCGCUUCAACAUCACCCCGUACCUCCAGCACGGCCACCCCAACACCACCAGCACCGCCGCCGCCCCGCCCGCCGCGGGCGCGCCGGAGCCCGCCACGCCGGGGCCGGUGGUCACCGUGUCCAAGCACAAGGCGCAGCCGUCCGAGCUCACCGAGACGUACUGGAAGUACUACGGCGCGGCCGGCGGCGUGGGCGCGGCGCUCGCGUGGGCGUGGCUGGCCGCGGCGGCCGGCAAGAGGGACGGCGGCCGGGUGGUGAUGCGCGCCGCCGUGCACAGCCUCACCGCCUACCUCGCCGUCGUCAGCGUACUCUGUUUCUGGGGGAAGCACUUCUUCUGGGGCGUCGCGCUCGCCGUCGGCGCCGCGCUGCACUUCCUCUACGUCAUGUCCGUCAUUGACAGGUUUCCGUUCACAAUGCUAGUUCUUCAGAAGGCAGUAAGGAUGGUAUGGGAACUUCCUGAUGUGAUGAGAGUAGCAUAUGCAUUUGUACUGGUAAUGCUUUGUUGGAUGGCAUUAUGGUCCUUUGGAGUUUCUGGUAUUGUUGCUAUGGAGAUACCUAAUCGUGGGCAAUGGUGGCUUGUUUUGGCACUAUCAGUCAGUUUAUUUUGGAUGGGAGCUAUCCUUAGUAAUACAGUCCAUGUCAUAGUAUCUGGGAUGGUGUUCCUUGUUCUCAUUCAUGGUGGACAGGCAGCUGCAUCGAUGCCCCCAAAACCACUUCGAAAGUCACUUCAGUAUGCUGUAACAACUUCAUUUGGAAGCAUUUGCUAUGGAUCACUCUUUACAGCUGCCAUUAGGACUCUACGCUGGGAGAUCCGAGGGAUUCGUUCUAAAAUUGGUAACAAUGAAUGUCUGCUGUGCUGUGUUGAUUUUUUCUUUCAUAUUGUGGAGACGCUUGUUCGUUUCUUCAACAAAUAUGCAUACGUGCAGAUAGCUGUCAACGGACAGAGUUUCAAUCGUUCAGCUAGGGAUGCUUGGGAGCUGUUCCAGUCAACUGGCGUUGAAGCACUUAUUGCUUAUGAUUGUUCUGGUGCUGUUCUUCUGAUGUGCACAAUAUUAGGUGGGUUAAUUACAGGAACUUGUACGGGUGUUUGGACAUACUACACACAAAGUGAUAAAGCCAUUAUUGUUGGCUCCACCUCUAUGCUGAUUGGCAUGAUACUGGUUGGCCUGACUGUUGUGGUUGUUGAAAGCGCAGUUACAUCAAUAUACAUAUGCUAUGCUGAGGACCCCCUUUUAAUUCAGAGAUGGGAUCCUGAAUUUUUUGAACAAAUGUCAGAGACACUACACCAGCGACUGCAGUACCGAAGCUCCCGAGUCCGCCAAAUACUGAACGGUCGUCUUGAUCAUUUGCCAAGUACAUCAAGUAUUUGAAUAGCUUGUCUGAUAUGUCAUUUUCGUUAAUCCGUUGAAAGCGCAGCAGCCAUUUCCAGAACAAGAAGUUUUGGAUCCUUCUGCCAUCAAAAUAUAGACCAAGGAAGGUUUUUCCGCCAAUGAAAUAUAGAGAAUGAAGCGCCCCAGCAAUUUUGAGGCCUUCAAAAGCAACUGUCCCAAUCAAAUAGUAGUAUGUUCAUAGUUCAUUGAGUUACUGCGGGGAGUAUGUUCAUAGGUGUGUAGAAUUCCAAUGCCAGCUUUUGUUUAUCAGGGCACUGUGUGUGUGCAGCAUUUAGGGGGGGGGGAGGGGAAUGAGAGAAAAACAGAACUGUAACCCGUUUCAUACCUCGGGUUUUAUAUGAGGUGGGCGAUCGUGUUGCCCUUAGAGUAA